GAGUUGACACUGAUUCACCCAUGGAAUAAGCCGCCACCUUGCAAAACCGUACUGUUAUUGAUGUAACACACGCUUUGAAAAGGAAGUAGAUAGUUAACUCUAGUUUGUGGAGUUUGACAAAUAGCUAGCUAGUCCUAUAACAUGGCAGUGAGCGCAGUUCACCUCGAAUCAGAUGCCUUUUUGGUUUGCAUGAAUCAUGCAUUAAGUACCGAGAAGGAGGAAGUAAUGGGACUCUGCAUCGGAGAGGUGGACACCAACCGCAUCGUCCACAUUCACUCUGUUAUUAUUCUGCGACGCUCAGACAAGAGGAAGGAUCGCGUGGAAAUCUCGCCUGAGCAGCUAUCUUCAGCUGCUACCGAAGCUGAGAGGUUGGCUGAUAUGACUGGACGGCCUAUGCGUGUAGUUGGUUGGUACCACUCUCACCCCCACAUCACUGUGUGGCCAUCACAUGUGGAUGUAAGGACACAGGCCAUGUACCAAAUGAUGGACCAGGGCUUUGUUGGGCUGAUAUUCUCCUGUUUCAUUGAGGAUAAGAACACAAAAACUGGUCGAGUUCUCUACACCUGCUUCCAGUCUGUACAAGCCCAGAAAGGAUCUGAGUACGAGAGAAUUGAGAUCCCAAUUCAUGUGGUCCCGCAUGAGGCCAUUGGGAAAGUGUGCCUUGAAUCAGCAGUGGAGCUCCCAAGAAUCCUCUGCCAGGAAGAGCAGGAUACCUACAGAAAGAUUCACAGCUUAACUCGCCUGGAUCCGAUCACAAAGAUACACAAUGGCUCAGUGUUCACUAAGAACCUGUGCAGUCAGAUGUCUGCUGUGAGUGGUCCCCUGCUGCAGUGGCUGGAGGACCGUUUGGAGCAGAACAGACAGAGCGUCAUUGAGCUGCAGCUGGUGAAGGAGAGACUAACUCAGGAGCUGGCAACCAUGUGAGAGAGCAAGGUGUCAAAGGAGAUGACUCAUUCACUCUCUGAUUACUUGUAGUUAUGAAUGUUUUCAUGAGUUUAUGGAAAUGUACAGUGCAUUUGGGAAGUAUUCAGACCACUUUUUCCACAUUUUGUUAUGUUACAACCUUAUUCUAAAAUGUAUUAAAUAAAUAUUUUUCCUCAAUAUACACCCAAUACCCCAUAAUGACAGUGAAAACAGGUUUUUAGAGAUGUUAGCGAAUGUAUUACAAAUAAAAACAGAAAUACCUUAUUUAUGUAAAUAUUCAGACCCUUUACUAUGAGUCUUGAAAUUGAGCUCAGGUGCAACCUGUUUCCAUUGAUCAUCCUUGAUGUUUCUACACCGUGGAGUCCACCUGUGGUAAAUUUCAAUUGAUUGAACAUGAUUUGGAAAGGCACACACCUGUUUCUAUACAGUGCAUGAAAGUGCAAAAACCAAGCCAUGAGGUUGAAGGAAUACACCGUAGAAACCUAAUGUAAGACAGGGUUUGGUCGAGGCACAGAUCUGGGGAAUAACAUAAAAUGUCUGCAGCAUUGAAGGUCCCCAAGAACACAGUGUGGCCUCCAUCAUUCUUCAAUGGAAAAAGUUUGCCACCACCAUGGCUCUUACUAGGGCUGGCCUCCCUGCCAAACUGUGCAAUCGGGGGAGAAGGGCCUUCAUCAGGGAGCUGAUCAAGAUCCCGAUGGUCGUUCUGACAGAGUUCUAGAGUUCCUCUGUGGUGAUGGGAGAAUCUUCCAGAAGGACAACCAUCACUGCAGUACUACACAAUCAGGUCUUUAUGGUAGUGGCCAGAUGGAAGCCACUCCUCAGUAAAAUGCACAUGACAGCUCGCUUGGAGUUUGCCUAAAGUAUCUCAGACCCUGAGAACCAAGAUUCUCUGGUCUGAUGAAACCAAGAUUGAACUCUUUGUCCUGAAUGCCAACCGUCAUGUCUGGAGGAAACCUGGCACCAUCCCUACGGUGAAGCAUGGUGGUGGCAGCAUCAUGCUGUGGGGAUGUUUUUCAGCGGCAGGGGACUGGGAGACUAGUCAGGACCGAGGGAAAGAUAUGGAGGCGCACAAUUGGCCCAGUGUCGUCCGGGUUAGGUGAGGGGUUGGCUGGGGUAGGCCGUCAUUGUAAAAUAAGAAUUUGUUAACUGAUCGUUGAUGAAAACUUGCUCCGGAGCUCUCAGGACCUCAAACUGGGGCGAGGAUUCACCUUCCAACACGUCAAUGACCCUAAGUACACAGCCAAGACAACGCAGGAGUGGCUUUGGGCAAGUCUCUGAAUGUCUUUGAGUGGCCCAGCCAAAGCCCGAACUUGAACCCGAUCGAACAUCUCUGGAGAGACCUGAAAAUAGCUAUGCAGCGACGCCCCCUUCCAACCUGAGAGAGCUUAAGAGGUUCUGCAGAGAAGAAUGGGGUAAACUCCCCAAAUACAGAUGUGCCAAACUUGUAGUGUCAUACCUAAGAAGAGUCUAGUCUGUAGUUGCUGCAGAAGGUGCUUCAACAAAGUACUGAGUGAAGGGUCUAAAUACUUAGAGUACCGGUCAAAAGUUUGCACAUACCUUCUCAUUCUAGGGUUUUUCUUUAUUUUGACUAUUUUCUACUUGGUAGAAUAAUAGUGAAGAUAUCAUCAAAACUAGUAAAUAAUACAUGGAAUCAUGUAGUAACCAAAAAAGUACUAAAAUGUCCCCUUUUUAUUUGCUAAAAUGUCUAAACAGUUUUUUGCUUUGUCAUUAUGGGGUAUUGUGUGUAGAUUGAUGAAGCAAAAAAAACUAUUUCAUAAAUGUUAUAAUAAGGCUGUAACGUAACAAAAUGUGUAAAAAGUCAAGGAGUAUGAAUUCUUUCCGAAUGCACUGUAUUUCUAUUCCAAAACAUUAACCCACUCAGCUCCUGCAGAGUUGGAGUUCUAUGUGAGGCUUUUGGUCGGAUAACCUCAAAAUGUGUCGGAUAACCUCAGAAUGUGUUGGUUCUCAUUCUGAUAGAAUGGCAUUAGUAGGGGCAAUUUGUAAUGAACUAUUUCAUAUGAAGGAGGGGUGGUGGAAGAGUUAGGAUAUCUGUUUGGUUAAUACGGCAUUGUUAGCUAAAUGAUGUUUCUUAUGUAAUUUUAUAUCUGUAUUCUGGUGUAUUAAUUUUAGCUUAUUUAGUAGUCCCUUGCUUAGUCAUCGUGUGCCUUGUCAUGCAUGCUUGUAUGGGUUCUGUUUGAGGGAUUAA